UCCGGCAACGACGUCCGGCUUCACCUCCACGGCUCAACAAAAUUACUCGUCUGCGUUACUGCAGGCAUUGACGCCCAGUAAUCAUUCUUUUUGUCCCUUGAACUUGGCGGCGGUACCUACGCAUAACAUCAUGGCUUCGAACACAGUCAACGUCGUGCGCUAUACGGCACUAUUCUCGGGCAUCCUUUACGGCUGGUACCACAACCGGACCGUCCAGCGCGAGUUCAAGGAGCAGGAGGUCCAGCACGCUGUGCACAGGCGGGAACAGCUGGUUGAGCAGGCGAAGGCUGAGUGGAAGCGCCGCCAAUCAGCAGGCAACGACGGCAUCGUAACGGACCCAGAAGACCCGCGGUUCGACCUCGAGAAGCUGUUUGCCAAGUGGGAGAAGGAGGCUGCAUGAUGGACCCCGCGCGCGGUACCCCCUUCGCCUACUCAGUGACUUUGCUGCACGCACAUAUCCCCACUGUAGACCAGCCUCAAUAUCCAUAUUACUUACAGGGACAUCACCUCUCCUGUUUGAGCCUGUAAGGUGCUCGGAGUAGCGAUAGACGAGGUAUAGAGUCGCUGUGGCUGAGAA